GUGUUGAUUUUCAUGAUAGACUAUAGUCAUCGAUUGCUAAGCAUUCUGAAAAAUUUUGGUUAUUUCUAAAAUUGGAUAUAUUAUAUUUAAUUAUUGAAACGGAAGAGCUCACCGCGGUGAAGUAUAUAAAAUCCGCGCUUGAAAUCUGUAAAAAAUAUAUAAAAUAUCAAUCAAAAACCGCUGAGCAAUUGCAACGUGUAGGUCGUAGUCUAAUAUACCACGCCCCCCACAAAAUUUUAGUUCCGUGUUAAUGUGUGGCUUACAGCCGGAAUUUCUAUUUACCAUCUGCUGCUACGUUCACUUGGAUAACAAUUAUAAGUAGCUGUUCAAAAUUUGAUAGCAAGAUCACGUAUACGAAAUUUCUUGAGGGAUAGCCAGGCGUAUACUGUGAAGAAGUCAACAAAGCGGAACUUGAAAAUUCAUAAAAAAAGAAUAAAACAGAAUACGGCAUACCAUAACCAAACAAAUAAAUCUGUGUUAUUUUACGUCGGAUGCUUCGUCGCAGAUCUAAGACGGACAAAUGUGUAGCAUGAUACAUAAACCAAACCUGGCGUAUCUUUAAUUCGAACUCUUUCUGGCUGACAUGUUAUUUGCUUUCAUAAUUACAGAGCACUGAAAAACUGAUAUGGACCGGAGUGUGGAUUCAAUUGGAAGCUGCUCACUUGAUGUAGAUGCUGAUUCUACGGACGUAUCAGAUACAAGUGGAAGCUUGAACUUUCCGACACCGAUGUCCGUCAAAGAUAUCACCAGAGAAUUUACGACGAAUAUACGAGAGCGUUGUUCUGUUCAGAAUAUUCGUGAAAUAAACAAGAAUUGUGCGGGACUUGAGUCGAAGAUGGUGUUGACACAGCCUAUUGGAAAUGCCAACCCAACAAGUGCCUUAUUAAAUUCUUCAAACCCCAAUUCGAAUAAAAUCAUAAAUUUGACUGAUGCGAGUCCUGAUAAAAAGCCUAGUUACCUGAAUCUCGCUUGUUGUGUGAAUGGAUACUCCAAUCUUACUACCUACGAUUCUAAAAUACGACAGGAUAUAAAUAAAUCACGGGAGGUAUCUCCCAUUCGUCCGUCAUCAAAUAGUAUUCAGUAUUGUAAAAAAAAUAAUUCUUUGGCGCCACCAGUUCUUUUGCAAAUGAAUGAUGGAAGGGGUGACGUAUCAACCGCGAAAAUGCCAGCUGUGAAUGGCCAGAGCAAUAAUAUUGGGUCGUUUAGACCAGAUAACAAUGAAUCUGAGCGCUGUGACUCGCCAUGGCUGGAAGAUCGUCGCAAUACUAGUUUUAUUCAGCAGCGGGUGGAACGAUUGUAUGGACCCGCUGCGUUAGCACAGGGUUUUUAUAGUCCAAAAAAAGCACGCAGCACCACAUUUACAUGCACGACUACACGUGAGCGUGAAGAUGCUAGUUCAUCAGAAUUGGCACGUAAAUUUCAGCAACUCACUCCAAGUAAGGAUUACACCGAAUUCAGAAAAAAAUUAAGUGCAUCUACAUCAAACUCUCCACGUCAAAUUCUUUCAACUACUGACAUUUCGAAUGUCAAUAACAAUUUGGUGGAUUUACCUGUAUUGCGUCAUCUAAGCCAUGAGUUUCGAGCUCAGUUGCCUAUAAUUUCGCCCAAAAGAGGCCAAUCCAGAAAUUCGCUCAAUAAAAGCUUAAGUCCCGCAAAGGAAACAACAUUAGAUUCUAAUAAGGCUGAAGUAUUAAUAGAUGAGGUUGAUCGUAAAGAAGCUCCAAGGUUUACUGAUGAAAUAACGAGUGAACGUUCAACAAAUGGUGUUAAUAUACAAGUUGAAGUAUUGAUGAAACCAAAAACAAGUGAUUCAAUCGUCGAGUGCGCUGAAAAGGAUGGAACCUACUUUCUUAAUUUGUUGAGAAUCGAACAGAAGCGUCUUUUGGCUUUGGCUGAUAAAGCGGAACAGUAUGCUGAUGCUUUAUCGGACAAUCCCGAUGUUUCUGAAGAUAUCCUAGGUUUCUUGCGUUCAGCUUACGGCAAAGCUCGGUUACUGGUGUCACAAAAGAUGAAGCAAUUCGAAGGUCUUUGCCAAAAUAAUCUGAAUUCAUCACCAGAAGACAAGUUUCCCACAACUGCCGAUGAUCUACAAGGAUUCUGGGACAUGGUAAAUUUGCAAGUUGAUAACAUCGAUUCUAUUUUCGAGGAAAUUGAAGUAUUAAAAAGAAACAACUGGAAGAAACCGAUCGAGACAUUACCUAAAGAAUCGAACAAAUCCUCCAAAAUCCAGCAAAAAUCUAUUAAGACUGUGAACCAAAAGGCAAAGCCUGGUACAUCUAACGGAAGUGAGCCAAAGUCAAGUGCAGCUUUGAAACGAGAAUCACAAAGGAAAAUGUUGCAGGAAAUAAAGCGUAAAAAUAAAAUCGCGUUGUCAGCAAAAUCAACUACCUCGGAUUUGAAAUCAGCAGAACCGAAUGUGGAAAACAUAGAUACCGUUGAGAUAUUUGUUAAAAACAGCAAGUGAACACUUAGGAAGGAACAAGUUGUUCGUACUAACCCUUAACUAGUCCUCCAACGAAAUCGAAUGAGACAUAAACCCCAUGACAUACAUCUUCUAUAAAUAUUUUUCGCUUCGACUAAUUUUCGUUUCAUAUUAAAUCUAAAAAAAAUAUAUGCCUACAGAUAUAAUACUCGUUUAUAGGUUAAUCUUAAUAUAAUAAAGCAGUGUGCUAUCGGAACGGUGAGAAAAAAUGCUAAUUUGGAUAACUGAGAAUAUGUGUACGGGUUUUAAUGAUUCUAAAUCUGUAAAAUGAAAAAUGCAAUAUAGAUCACUACUUCUCUUUCGCUUUAAAAUAGAUUGUAUUGAGCCAAAUUCAUAGUUUUCAAAUUAGUUAAAUUAUAUUUACUGUUACUAGCAUAAAAACAUGAGGAAUUAUUCGUACUGGUUGACAUCUUACAUAUAUACGCACUAUACAUUUUUGAUAUUUUUAUAUUAAUUGAUUUACCACAUGAAGUUUGCGUGUUUGUCACAUGAAUAAUUUUUAACUAAAAAAGACAUUUAUUUUAUAAAAAUUGUAUGAGAAUAAUUAUAACAUUUGAUUAAUAUUAAUGCAACCUUGUUUUACUUAAAAAUAAAAGGCCGUUCAUGCGGUACUGCAAAAUCAA